AUGGAUGCCAAAAUGCUGCUGUCUUGCUUAUGGCACAUCUUGUGUGUCUUCCUCCCAUUAAACUUUGUGGAAAGUCAGCAUCCCCUCCAAGCCAACAUCACACUAGUGUUCGACAGCUCGGACCAUACUGACCGCUUAUGCAGCUGCAGCUGUGCGACGGCGGUGCGCAGUUGUGAUGAAGCUCUUGCCAAUCUGAUGUGCAGCUGUGGCACCGUGUGGCGCUCGGCUCUGUCGCCUGGCACCCUGGAGGCGGAGACGCUGACGGUGUGGGCGUGGCAGCCCUGGGUGCUGAGGGAGCUGCUGAACGGCAGCAGGGUUCCAGAGCUGCAGCUGUCUCUGUGUAGCCCUGCCUCAUUUCUCGGACCCUCUCAAUAUCUCACUAUUGUGGGUCUGAGGAAGCUUCAGAUCUCCAAUAAUGGGGUGCCAUAUCACAAGAGCGAAAAAGUCCUGAACUUCGGACUGAACGUGCCGGAUGGGAAUCUCAGCGUUGCAUUUUUAGACCUGUGGUCACUGAACAAUCACUUGAAGGCCUACAGUGUCAUUGGACCACCGCUGCAGAUGCUUAUGCAGCAUUUUCCUUACCUUCAGCAAGCCAAUAUAAAGAUUACUGACCUAGAAGAGAUCCACAAGCCAUCCAUCUUAACUUUUAUUUACUAA